AAUUCGAACAGAAACAAAGUGUCUUUCAAAUAGUAACAAUGAAAUUCCUAUACACUUGUGCCCUUCUUUUGGCCGUGUUCGCUGCCAGCCAGGCUUACAGCACCAGCUGGGGCAGGAGGAACGGAACCGACUUUCUGCUCUCCCGUCAAAAUGAAAGGCGUUAUCCCAUCAAGAACAAUUACUGGAACAUCAAUGUUGAAUACGGCCGCAACAACCCCUACGUCAUUACAUUUAUCCAAGUGAUCGAUAACUUCCGCAACAGCUCUGGUGCCACGCCCAGUCUUUGGUCCGGCGGUCCAGGAAACCGUUUUGCCACUAUCAAUCUCCGCAGCCAGGUCAGCCGUGGUCUCGACUCCACCGUUGAGAUCUGGGGCCGUCGAUAAGAACAGUAGAGCUUUCCUAAGACUCGAUUACUCCCAAAAUCUAUUACUGUAAAAAAGA